AGGGCUGAGAAAGAUUCAACAGUGAGAUCCAAGCUGUUUCAGAACCAGAUUACAGAACCAAUAAGAAAGAAGAUGUUCUCCUUCAUCAAAAUGGAAACCAACAAUAACGUACUGAAAGAAAAGAUUAACAAUAAUCUUUCUGACUUGAGCUCAGAACUUGUUAGGAGUUCAAACUGUGUAAUGAGAACUUCUAUGGAUCGACUUAUCAUGGUUAAAAGAAUACACAAUAUCAUGUUAGAUGUAAAACAAGCUAUUCAAAAUCCAAAAAUUUCAAAAAUCAAAAUAAUAAAACCAAUUUGGUCCAACUGUCAAUUUCAAGAAAGAUUGUAUUUAAUGAAGACUGGAGAAGGGCUUAAAUUUCAGUCAGUACCAUCAAAAACUGGAUUGCUAUUUCUCAUAAAGAUACUAUCAAAACUGCUUAAGCUUAUCAGUUUUGGAAGUUCGGUCACCAAAAGGGAGUUUUAUUAUCAAAAUAUCGCAAUCAUUAAAUCCAUGGAUGAACUAGAUAACUCAUUGCAGUUUAUAAGCUCUCUUCUCGAUGUUCCUCCUUGGGAUUUUGGGAUUCUUUCAUCGUCUAAAGGUAUAGUUGCUGGUUCUUUGAAUAUAGCAACCAAGUCAGGAAACAUUGAUUGUUCAGGAGGUGAAGGUGUACUUAUUCCGAACGACUUACCUUUUGGAGCUACCCUUACCAGUUCAGCUAAAUUUGCAUUGGUCAUUGAAAAGUAUGCAGCUUUUCAAAAAAUUAUUAACGAGGAGUUUCUAAAACACCAUGGCCCAUGCAUCAUUAUUACUGCGAAAGGUUUUCCUGAUCUCAACACUAGGAUUUUAUUGAAACUUAUUUCUGUUCAACUUUCUGUUCCAAUAUUUUCCCUGGUUGACGCUGAUCCAUACGGUAUUGAAAUUAUGAGUGUAUACCGUUUUGGUUCUUUGUCAUACGUCCAUCUGUGUGACAUAUUGGCGGUCCCUUCUAUCAAGUGGAUUGGGAUACACCCAUCAGACAUUACAGAUUUUUUUCCAAAAGCACAAAUUAUGUCAACACAAGAUGUUAAGAAAGCAAACAAACUAUUGACGAGACCUUUUAUUAGUGAAAAUGAAGCUCUUAAAGAUCAAGUAAAACUGAUGAUUCAACUUGGGUUGAAAACUGAAAUUGAAGGAAUUGGAACAAUAUCAAAUUCAUAUCUGACAGAUGUUUACAUCCCCAUGAAAUUGGCGUCAAAAGGGUGGAUUUAAAUUUAUUUAAUUUUUAUUUAUUUCGUGGAAAAAAUUAAGUUUAGAAAAUAACAAUAAUUAAGUUUUCAUGAUAAUUAAUGUUAAAUGUCAAAUUUAAUGUUUCAUCAGCAUUUCACUGAUAAUUCAUCAAUUCAUAUUUACGGAAUUGUAAAAUCAAAACAACUUUAUUGAGUUUCUCUUAUAAUUUCUAAGAUUUCUUUUUUCUAAUAGUUAAAAGUUUAGUUGUUCAUUAUCACUUCUAUAUUUAUAACAUUUACAAAAAUAUAUGUAUUUUGCCUGUAAAAAUGUUCUCUGCUUGCUAUUUAAUUUAGUUGCGUUUUGGUUGGUUUGUACUUCAAAGUGGAGAUAGCUCUGGUGUCACUGCUAUAGAGACAAAAUUAUUUUCAGGUAAAUUUAAAUACUAAUUAUUUAUGUCAAAUUUCUAAAGAACUUUAUAACUUUUUUAAUACUGUCUCAAGGCCUAAAUGACCAGUAGGGUCGGAAAAAAAAAAACCUAAAUACACAUUUUUUACCUAUAGUAAAGAAAAAAUUAUGAAUUGAAAUUGU